AUGGAUACUACUGCCUACCCUAUUCCAAGCUCCCAAACCGCAAUCAUCCAGCAUGAAGCAGGUGUUCUAAAAAUUACUCCUGAAAUGCCAAUUCCAAAGCUCAGCCCUCAUCAGAUGCUUGUCAAAACAAUUGCAGUCGCCCUGAAUCCCUGUGACCACAAAAUGCCCCUUAGGUUCCCAACUCCGGGACUGUGGAAUGGCUGUGACUUUUCAGGCACAGUCGUUGCACUGGGAAGUGAGGUAGCCAAACAAGGUCGAUUCCAUCUCGGGAAUCGAGUCUUUGGCGCUGUUCAAGGAUCUAAUCAAGCUGAUCCUGAAUCUGGGGCUUACUGUGAAUAUGUCCGUGCUGAGCCAGACUUCACUUUUCAUAUUCCGGAUGAUAUGUCCUUUACCUCUGCUGCAGCCAUAUCAGGCACAGGCAUCGCAACCCUGGGAGUCGCGUUGUACUGGUCCCUUCAACUCCAGGGAUCGAUGUGUUCACCAGCCACCAACCCAGAGUAUGUGUUAGUCUAUGGUGGAAGUAGUACAACUGGUUUGCUAGCAAUCCAAAUGGUGAAGCUGUCUGGCUACAGGGUCAUCACGACAUGCUCUGAGCGAAACUUUGACUUGGUCAAAUCGUACGGAGCAGACCUUGUCUUCGACUACAACUCACCCACCUGCGCGCAAGACAUCAGGGCAGCGGCCAAGAACACACUUCGGUAUAUCCUAGAUCCCUUUGCAGAAGCAAGAACGGUGCGUUUAUGCCAGGAAGCAAUGGGUCGGACAGGAGGCCGCUACUGUGCCCUUGAACAAUACCAGGAGGGUCUUUGUACACGUAAGGCCAUCAAACACGAGCUGGUUAUGGGUGGUGCUAUCUCUGGUAGGGGUGUUGAACUUCCUGAACCUUAUGGAAUUCCACCCCGACCGGAAAUUGGAGAGUGGGCUCGACUUUGGUACCAAACUCUCCAGGAAUUGAUCUCCGCUGGUAAGAUCAAGCCGGCACCUGUGGAGAUUAUCGCUGGGCGCUUUGAGGGUAUUAUGACCGGACUGGAAAGACUUAGAAAAGGAGAGGUCUCUGGAAAGAAGUUGAUUGUGCCCAUGGGAGAGGUUGAUUAG